UUUGGGGUAGUUUGAAUAUUUUUGGGUGCUUUUCCGAUUCAGUUAUCAUCGCGUUACCGGUUCCAGACAUGCCAUUGUCUCAAGCGAGGUUUUAAGUGUUUUUCUUAAAGAAAUUCAAGUGUUUUGCAGUGAUUUCAAGUGAAAAAUGUCCAAGGGUAAAGUGACUGUGGAUUGGAAGAAGAGAGUGAAGGCGGAAUAUGCUAAAAUCCGCCAGCAAAAGCGACACAAGAGAGCCGACGAAGUGAAGAACGCUUGGUGUCGCAAUCGGACGGAUAUGGUAAAAACCUUGGCUCAGGAAAACACCCGAUGGAGUGAAAAUGUCAAUGCUGUGUGGGAUCCUAAAGAAGUUGAACCGCCCCACAUCAAAUGCAUGAAAAAGGCCGAAUGUGUAAGUCUCGAUGGGGAUUUCCAUUCAGUUCCCAUCCGGACAAUCAAUGCUGUAACUCCUAUUCCUACAAUGUACACCUGGGUACCCACCCAGCAGAAUUUCAUGGUGGAAGAUGAGACAGUGCUGCACAAUAUUCCCUAUAUGGGAGAUGAAGUGCUGGACCAGGAUGGGACUUUUAUAGAGGAACUGAUCAAGAAUUACGAUGGGAAAGUCCAUGGGGACAAAGAGGGUAGUUUUAUCGAUGAUGCCAUUUUCAUAGAGCUAGUAAAUGCCCUCACUCAGUACGUAGAGAAGGAUGAAGAAAAAGAAUUGAUAGAGAAGAAACCAGAACCACGGGAACUGAGAAACAAAUCUAUCAAUCAUGAUGACAAGCUUAAAAUUGAGAAAGAUGCAGACAUUAAAGUAAAAAAGGAACAUGACCCGGAAGAACCGACUUCCUCAAGCCAUGCAACAAAGAAAGAAUCCCUACUGACGACAUUCAAGAAAGAACCAUCGGAUUCUGCUACACCCUUUCCACCACCAGUGAUCUUCCAAGCUAUAAGCCUCCAGUUUCCGGACAAGGGUAAUCCGCAGGAGCUCAAGGAAAAGUACAUUGAGUUGACUGAGAGGACUGAUCCGGAUCGCCCGCCCGAAUGCACGCCGAAUAUCGAUGGGAUCAAGGCAGAAAGUGUAUCAAGAGAGCAGACUCUUCAUUCCUUCCAGACUCUGUUCUGCCGAAGAUGCUUCAAAUACGACUGUUUCCUGCAUCGGCUUCAGGCGUGUCAACCAGGACCAAAUUUGCACAAACGUCGUUAUCCUGAGCUCAAGCCUUUUGCUGAGCCUUGCAGUCCCACGUGCUACAUGCUGCUGGACGGAAUGAAGGAGAAAAUUGCUGCUGAUAAUAAAGAAAAGUCUCAGAAUGACUCAAGCAAUGAUGCUAGUUCGGAGGACAGCAAUGAUAGCAAUAGUCGUUGUUCCAAGGAUUUUCAGAGUUCAAAGGAUACUCCAACAUUGUCAGCUGCUUCUUCGGCAGAAAUCACAAGUCUAAUGGGAGCUAGUAGUCAGACUGAAUGGACAGGAUCGGAUCAAUCACUUUUCCGGGCGUUGCAGAAGGUCUGCCUGACCAAUUACUGUGCGAUGGCUCAGAUGAUGCUGACCAAGACAUGUCAGCAGCUGUAUGAGUUUGGUCAGAAAGAAGCAGCAGAUAUUCCACCUGAAGAUCUCAGGCAGGAUUAUACGCCACCGCGCAAGAAGAAGAAGAAGCAUCGUUUGUGGUCUGUGCAUUGUAGGAAGAUUCAACUGAAGAAGGAUUCAUCGUCCAAUCAUGUGUACAAUUUUACUCCAUGUGACCAUUCUGGUCCCUGUGACAGUAGUUGCUCAUGCGUUGGUGCACAGAAUUUCUGUGAGAAAUUCUGCAAUUGCAGCAGCGAUUGUCAGAAUCGCUUUCCGGGCUGUCGAUGCAAGGCCCAAUGCAACACCAAACAGUGUCCCUGCUAUUUGGCUGUCAGAGAGUGUGAUCCGGAUCUCUGUCAAAUGUGCGGAGCUGAUCAAUUUAAACUCAACAAGAUCACGUGCAAAAAUGUCUCAGUUCAGCGUGGAUUGCAUAAGCAUCUCCUAAUGGCGCCUUCAGAUGUCGCUGGAUGGGGUAUUUUCUUAAAGGACAGUGCUCAGAAGAAUGAAUUUAUUUCUGAAUACUGUGGUGAGAUAAUAUCUCAAGAUGAGGCAGAUCGUCGGGGGAAAGUAUAUGACAAAUACAUGUGUAGCUUCCUGUUUAAUCUCAAUAAUGACUUUGUGGUGGAUGCCACGAGGAAGGGCAAUAAGAUUCGCUUUGCCAAUCAUUCAAUCAAUCCCAAUUGCUAUGCAAAAGUGAUGAUGGUAAAUGGAGAUCAUAGGAUUGGGAUUUUUGCCAAGAGAGCAAUUCAGCCAGGAGAGGAAUUGUUCUUUGACUACAGAUAUGGCCCUACGGAACAGCUCAAAUUUGUGGGAAUUGAGAGAGAGAUGGAGUUCCUUUGAUUGUUGGGCAGGAAGGGUUUAACCUUCUAGGAUUCUUCGGAUUCAUCUUAAGGUUUUAAAAAUUAUUUUUUAAUAAUAUUUUUAUACUCAAUGGAACAAAAUACAUUUGUACGAUUUUUA